AUGUCCGCGCCUGGGUAUAGGUUACCCCUCGAUGCUUUGCGGACUACCCACUGUGGGCUGAAUGCCCGGCUCCUUCGGGCAUCAUGUCCGGCUCAGCAAUGCGCCGUGAGGCUGCGCCCGACUGCUCAACAGAGGCGCCAUUUCCACCCUUCGCGGCCUACCCAAAUGGUUUCCACAUCCAUUGAGUGCGCACACGAUCUCCUUCAAAUAGUCCAUACAUGCACCGGUCUCCCCUGGGUGGCCUCCAUCCCCUUGACGGCUAUGACAGCACGGGUAGCAUUCGGGUUGCCCUUUCUCAUAUGGUCAACAUCGCAGCGAAACAAAAGAUUGCUUGCGAACCCGGCGAUCCUUGCCUAUACCCGUAUGAAGAGAAAAAAUAUUAUGGAUGCCGCCGCCAAGGAACAACGGUUUCUACCACCACAGUUUGUGAGCCGCCAGAGUGCAUUAGAAGCAUCCCAGUUUCAAAAGAGCCUGCUUAAACGACAUCAUCUUCGUUUGGCUCCGUUCGCUCCGUUCGCUCCGAUAUUACAACUUCCUUUCUGGCUUGCUUUUAUGGAGAGUAUUCGGUCGAUGAGCGGAUGGCAACCCGGUUUGCUCGCCAUUCUACAACAGUGGUUUAAUCCUGAUGGCGUCAAGGCUCAAAUACCCGUAGAACCCUCUCUUUCUAGCCAAGGGGCUUUAUGGUUCCCUGACCUUAUGGCUGCAGAUCCCCUGGGCAUCCUUCCGGUUGCUAUUUCGGUUUUGAUGUUCACUCACAUUACGUGGGGUUCCAAGGUUAGCAAGAUGAAAGAUCUUCCCAAAUUGGUAUCACAAGGAAACUUGCAGGGCAUAUUUUCCUGGGCGAUCCAGCGCAUUUUUCAAGCAAUGUCGAUCUGGAUUGCGCCAGCUCUAUUGUAUUCAGAAGCUCCCGCAGCGCUUAGUAUCUACUGGCUAUCCACGACUUGCGUUGCAAUUGUCCAGUCUCGGCUUCUGAAAAAGUAUAUGCCGACUCCGAACGUCCCAAAGGCUUGCGUUAAAAGGACGAUUGUGAGGUAUGUGUAUGAACGGAAGCCGGGCACCCAAGAACUUCAGAAGGUUGCUCGGCUUGGGAUGAUGUGGUAA